AGUACAGAAUAGCUAACAAUGAGUAGCAUAACCAUUAUGAUUUAUCUAGUAUUAAAACUAUAACCCGAACCGGUAGAAAGGGGCAUCUUAAGAAAGAUAAUGUCUACCCUAGUCCUACAGGUGGUCUUAGAGGACCUGAUAUCAAACCUCUUAAUACCAUGCACCCGCCAGGCUCUGGGAAAGCCGCCAACAACCAGGCUACUAGCAGCACAGCAAUGAUUAUGCCACACCCCAGUGAUAAGCCCAGCAAUACCACUCUAUUGCCAGGCUUGGGGGUUACUAGUACGCAGACUACAAACAGGCCAACAGGUGCUACAGGUGCUGUUAACAAAGCUAUCAACUCCCUGCUAGAGUCAGGCUCAGGAGGUGCUACUAGCACCCAUACUACUAUGAAGCCAUCAGAUAGUCGAUCAUUUUCCAGUUUCAAGCCUACUAAUACCACUUUAUUCCCAGGCUCAGGGGGGGCUACCAGCACACACACUACAAAUAGUGCCCAUACCACUCACAAAGAUACUUCUAGUACACAUGAUACAGCUACACAUGCCGCUAAUGAAAUGCCCAAGCCUGCUAGCUUGUCCUCGAGUUCGUCGACAACUGCCGCGCCUGUUAUCAUCACCGCCGUUCCUGCUGCGGCCGUUUUCGUUACCGCGAAGGACCACCCGGCAACUACGCCGACAUUUGUUACUACAACAUCUCCAGGAGGGAAUGAUCCAACGGUUGUACCACGUACGUAUCUAUAUCAAUACAAGUAUAUCAGCUUUCUUUUGGCUAAUAUCAGCACAGUUCUUAUUCCGGUGGCGGGAGGACUUCCAGUGAUAUGCUUCAGCUGUUUCCCGAAAAUUGUCCCUCCCAACUUGGACAUCCGCCUCCCAGGAUUCGCCAGAUUCUGUGUGAAAUUGUUUGGGCAGAGCAUCGGUGACUGUCCUCCUGAUAAAGAUGCCGAGAACAAGGGUACCGACAACAAACAAGACAACGAUAAAAGCAACGAUAAAAGCAACGAUAAAAGCAACGACAAGAGCAACGACAAGAGCAACGAUAAGGAGAAACCCGAAGGCAGCAAGCCAACGGGAGAGCCGACCACAACUCAGAGUAAGGCCACCACUACAAGCAAAAGCACAACCACAAGCUGCACUACUACCAUCACGGCGGAACACAAAAGUGUUGCCUGUACCGUAACAACUAGUGGCCAAAAGAACCCAGAAUGCUCAACGCAUUUCAGCACAGUAACUGGCUGCUCUGUUACCGCCACAGCGACCACGACUACGACGACAACUUCGGAGUGGAUAUGCGAGCCAACCUCUUGCGUGAGAGGAGUAUGCAACCAACCAGACUCCGCCGUGUUUCCAGACCCCGCAUUGUCGGAGCGUGGUAUUCUCAAGCGCGUAGUGGUCGAGCGUGAGGCGGAUCCAGAUUCAGGCCAAUGGGAAGAACCCGAACUCGAUAUGAACGGCGUCGCUUCCCAGGAUUCCCAGAGGAGGUUUAUAACGAAUGAGAUCGAGAAGGGUUAUGACGGCUUUCUUGAACCCUGGAACGACAACAUUGAGCCCGAUGCUGAAGACUAUGAGAAGAAUGAUGGAUCGGUCCCCAGCCUGGUGAAGGACCUGGGCGCUGAAGUCUUCACCCUCGGUAUGGAUGGCCUUUUUGGCUGUGCUGGACUUGUGGCGGUAUCGAACAGCAGGGUGUAUAUGGCCCGUCUAUGGGAGCGCGAUAUUAUAAAGCUUCAGAAGAUACAGACCAUAUGGAAAACGAUUUUUGACGGCCCCAAUGGGGACGGUUCGGGGGCGAACGAUGGAAACACAAAUGCGCUUAAGAAAGUAGGCCAAGCCCCAAUGGUCUACCUAUUGGUAUGUAUAUUGAAGCCUUUUUUUCCCUCUUACCCCUUAAGCUUCCCCCUACAGAUCAGUUUCCCUUGAACCAACGAAAAAAGAAGGAAUAAGAUUACUGACCCCUAUUGUUACAGUGGCCGUCUAACAAAAUAGAACAUCAAUUCUACAAAAAGUCGCUCGAUUAUCUAAAACAACAGAUUCAGGAGAACAUGCGCCCUCAAUAUGUGCAUGUUAUUAGCUACUACAAGAAUAAGCCGAAGAAGAGCGAUAAGGAGUAUACUGAGCAUCGUGGAAAGGCGGUCUUCCAGUACCGGCCGGCCGAAUGCGAGUCUGUGAAGGCCGCAUAUCGUUUGUGGACCGUACAGACAGACAACUCGGUCAAGCUAGAAGAGAAAUUGUGGAAUCCGUCUCGGGCUCAGAUCUUGCCACCACCAC